GUCGACGGGUGCAUACUUACCCAUAAGUACAACAAGAUAGUGUACUGCAAGUAAGAUUUGUCGACUCGUUGUGUACCUACUUAUUAAUGACCGGCAGCCUCGGUAUUCUGACCACGCAAACUCUGCCCGUUUUUGUUCAUCAUUCCUUCUGGUUUUGCGCCGAUUAUAUUGUCAAUAUUCGCAACGUCCCAGCCUGCAGAAAAUUUAUCUAUUCUAGAUACCAUCCAUGCGAUGGACUCGCCUGAAGAUGAUUCUAGGCGGCGGUGGCGACCUCAGAGCAUAUCACACAGGCCUUGGAGACGAGAGGUCCUGCAUGACAAUCAACCCUCUCCUGAUCUGAUCAUCACUCCCCCGCUCGACCAAUACGAGAUGUCGCCUCGGCCGAUCUCAGCCUUUUCACGGCUGACUGACGAGGAGACGCCGUGGGACAGGCCACUUCUUUCCAGUCGAUCUAAGAGCAUUGAUGAAGACAGCCAGGGCUCGAGCGACAGACAAACGAAUGACUGGGCCUACGCCAAAGUCAGGACAGACCCGCGAGACCAGCACGAACCAAGGCUCAAAGCGGUUCACAACAAGGACCAAUACAAGUCGAGGUCCGAGCUGUCUAAUAUAGAAGACUCGACAAAGACAUCGAAGCCCAUCACCCGAACAAAAUGGUCACGCUUACUCAACGGAUGGAUCGUUCAUUUCCCUGCAAUAUUGGUGACGAUAGCGGUUCUCCUCAUCGGCUCGGUCAGAUUCUACUGGUAUCCAGAAAUUGGCCCGGUAGUUGGCGGUUAUCGAUUGGACACCGAUGUUAUCAGUAACAUCCUCCAACUUGUGGCUAAACUACACGAACUUCUCAUCGUGGCGUCACUGUCAGCUGUUGCUCUUGCAAUUUAUCGACGGCAUCUGGUCACAAGUGGUAUUCGGUUGGGAUUUCUUACGGGGGGAUAUCGAGUUGGCGAUCUCACCUAUCUGACAAGUUCUGCAUUCCGACGCCAAGGUCUCGACACCUCGAAGCCCUGGGAGAUGCUCCUGCCCGCAUUCCUAGUCUUCGCCACUAUAGUCUCGACUAUCGUUGGACCAGCAUCUGCCGUCUUGCUUCUGCCCAGUCUAGGCUGGUACGAGUUUGACACCAGCUUAGCGUUCAGCAAGAUUGAGCCCCCUCUAUUGUAUGGGGUGACUCGUAACAAAACAUGGUUCGAGUCCCCAUUUGGUAGAUCCGCCGAAUGCAAGGGACCUGCAGGAGUACAAAGAAGAUACUGCACAGCUAGCGGUUUCCCUGAGAUCUUGAGCUGGGUGCGGGACUACGCGGCGACGGACUUGACCAACAACAUCACGUUCCACGCCACAUCAUCAGAAAUCAGGCGUCAUUUGGUAUUUACGCAGGCUGAUGAGAAAUCGAGCGUCGCCUCAACCACCCUUUGCACCACCCCACCGCACUUUCUUAUGACUAAUGUCGGCCUCUUUCAACAAUUCAUUCGCAACUCUGACGUUGGUGUCAUAUCUCGCGAGCCUCGCUACCGACUUACAGCUGGGGGAGGCGUCAACAUUACCUCCCCUUCAGGGAAUGGAACUGGGCUGUACCAGCCGUUCGUGCAGUCCAAAUGCGCGAUUUACGACAGGAGUCACUUGCAGAAAACUGUAGAGCGUUUCACGAAGGAUUGGCUGGACGAUCCAAAAUACGACGACAUUUCAGCUGCAAGCACCUACUUUUUGGAAAAAGAAAACACGUCAAUUGCAUUUAUGAAUGGAAUAGUUCCUGAUGCCACUCUUGGGCAGGAGAAAAAUUUGGUUUAUAUUUGUAGCUUACUUGCAAGCUGGGCGCCUUCCAAGUUCUCAGUCGACCCAGGCGUCAGCGACACUCUCCAUUCGUCACUGAACGAUGACGAGAGUAUGCGAAAGAUAUACCGCAGCAGCAACAACACCGAUGUCCGCGUCAUGAAGUUUCAUGCGGAUUGGUUCAGACAUCUCAACCCAGGAUGGAACUUAUCGGACACAGCCCGAGCCACGGGUAUCGGACAGAUCAUCAUGAACUUUUCUUCGAAGCAAGAACAAAAUGGGACCACGGUGAACGUUUUGGCUCCUGUUGACGGCACCAACAACACUGCAGCAGAAAUUUUCCUUGCCAAAGUCUUCGGAGUUUACCUGUUGGAGGGCCUAGCGAGAGGCAAUCUAGAACAAAGGACCCGGGUCAAGUUGAACGAGACUGAGGAUCAGCUGACGUAUCUCGACUUGAACGAACAACACGGCUACCGAGGCGGUAUUCAUACAGUAAGUCAUUACAAUAAUACACACCAUCGAGAUAAAUGGAACGGCAACACUGUCGAGGUCAGUUCAAGCUUCGCGGAUUUCAAGGCAAUGCUCAACACGACUUUCCCAAUGAAUUUCACUGCGGAACGCUACGGAUACGGAUCAGGUCAAGGACGUAAGACAUUGGAAUUUGCUCAGGUCAUGAUGCUUAUCUACCUCGGCACCAUCACCUUCUAUGCUGCAUCAGUCGGAAUCGGAUAUGUGCUGGAACUUCUCAAGUUCAAGUCAGGUGGAAAGCGCAUCCGGGUCCUAAGCGUGAUACCGUGGUCAGAUUUACAAGACUUGAUCAUACUCGCACUCAAGACGCCGCCUCCAUCCGAUGAAGACCUGGCAGAUGCUGGAGCUGGCGUCACUUCGGAAAAAGUGUGGGAGAAGGUUGUGAGAGCGGAGUCUGAUGAUAAACGCAACGUUCAGCUAGCCUUCCAGGAGACAACACAUACGAGGAAGCUAGAUGUAACUCGAAAGGAGCGGUAUUACUAAGACUUAUCUCUAUUGGUCUUAUUUGAUUUUUCGUCUCAUCAAGUUCGGAUGUUGUUUGGCGCUCAAGGACGACUUCUUCUUACGCAUAAUAUUAAAUACUUUUACCUUACAUCUUAGUUAUUACUUUCUGCACAAAAGAUUCAAAGCUUCGAGAAUUGCAUCCAAG